GGGAUGCUGAGGGAAGGAUUUACUACGUUUAAUGGGGCGCUGUGCACGCUGCACCAAUAAAACCGAACCAGGAGGCCAAGGAAAAAAAUGCGAAAUCUGGAAUUAAUUUCCGACAAAGUAUGAAGAACUUUACGGCAACAAUGUGCACAGCAAAUGACGUGGAUUGAAGCGAGCGGAUCUGGGGAGCAGACACAAUGAAACUUCACUAUAAGUUGGCUGUAAUCGCUGCUUGUCUGGCUGCUGGCCGCCUACUCUUCUAUCUGCUGCUGGGCAACUCGGCGACUGAGCCACCGCCUCGGAGAGAUCAAGGGCCAGCGCUGAAAGUCGUCCAGCACGUUCGGGGUCGCCUGGUGACUCGCCAGCCCACCGCUUUUCGCUUGCUGCAUCGGCCCAUUUUAAACCGGCAGCCUCGCCCCUUGACGAAAAGGCGGAAAAAGCCAGCCAGUGACAGAAUUCCUAACGAACCAGUGUUUCGCCUCCAUACAUGGCAGGGAGAACAGUGGAUGCAUUUAGCAGUGGUAGCUUGUGGGGACCGGCUUGAAGAAACAAUGACCAUGUUAAAAUCAGUUCUUCUCUUCACCUUAAAUAAGAUAAAAUUCCAUAUUUUUGCUGAAGAUGCUCUGCAACCGCAAUUUGAAACUAGUAUUAAAGCUUGGCCGUUUUCAUUCAGGUCGCAAGUUGACUAUAAUAUCUACCCAAUCACCUUUUUAGCAGGAAAACCCCAGGAAUGGAAAAAACUAUUUAAACCAUGUGCUGCUCAACGCCUCUUUCUUCCGAUGAUUCUAAGAGAUGUCGAUUCUCUGCUGUAUGUUGAUACUGAUGUUCUUUUCCUGAGACCAAUCGAUGAUAUCUGGCAUUUCCUGAAUUUGUUCAACUCCACACAACUUGCAGCUAUGGCCCCAGAACAUGAAAUACCCAGAAUUGGAUGGUACAGUCGAUUUGCACAGCAUCCUUAUUAUGGAGCAGCUGGAGUCAAUUCAGGAGUCAUGCUCAUGAAUCUGACUCGAAUAAGAAAUCAACUAUUCAAGAACAGUAUGAUUCCAACGGGACUAAGAUGGGAAGAACUGCUGUACCCUUUAUAUCAUAAAUACAAAAAUGAUAUUACAUGGGGAGACCAGGAUUUAUUAAAUAUUAUCUUUCACUACAACCCAGAAUAUCUAUAUGUGUUCCCUUGUCAAUGGAAUUAUAGACCAGAUCAUUGUAUGUAUGGCAGCAACUGUCGGGGAGCAGAGGACCAGGGAGUUUCCAUUCUCCAUGGGAACCGUGGAGUUUAUCACGAUGAUAAACAGCCUGCCUUCAAAGUAAUGUAUGAGGCUAUACGUGAUUUUCCUUUUGAAGAAAAUUUGUUUCAGUCACUAUUUUUCCCCCUCCAAAACAACUUCUUGAAAACUGUACAUACUUUAUGCGGGAGGCUUCCACAAGUGUUCCUGAAGCAGGUUGAACAAGCCAUGAGGAAGGUAUAUGAGCUACGCGUUAUCCAUGUUGGAUAAUGACUGAAAGUAGAAGAUAUUUUCGUGUGUGCUGCACUGUAUUUCAUAGGGAACACUCAGAUUUAAAUUUUCCAGUUUUACUAUGCAUACAUUUUUGUUUCUGUCCUGUUAGUGUGCAAGUUUUAUACAGCAAAAACCCUGUAGUAGUAAUUAUUUUGAAAUUUGAUGCACUUUUUCAUCUUGCGGAAGAGCUUUCCUCUCAUUAGCCUUAAGAUAUCACUUUGGCUUGUCUUACACCCUUUUAUGAACUGUACAAUUGGCUAACUGUGAAGCCAGGAAUGUUAUAAUGAAUCUAGCCAAAUGCAUUGUUAAGAUCAGGCUGCCACUUGCAAUGAUAACCUGUGUUGGAAAACUACGCUGUUGAUGAUAGUAUCUACAUGUUAUUAAGCCACUGUUGCAAAAUGCCUUUGUCCUCAGGAGAAUCUGAGGUUAAAAAGUAGAGCGAGUAGUGCAAACUGUGUGGAAAAUAAUUGAUUUAUUUUUCUCCUUAUAAGAAUUAACAAUGGGUCUAUAAAAUCUGUUCUAGUAUUUAGUGUGCUGAAGUUUAAUUUUUUUUUGAGUAAUAUCACCACACUUGGCAUUGCAAAAACAUUCCUUGAGGCAGACGCUGUGAACUACUUAACUGAAGAUUUCUUAAGCUGUAUUUGAUCAUGAAAUGGGUAAAGGUAACCUGACUUAAAACUAAGUAACUGCAGACGGGAAGGUUGCGGGUUCAAUUCCUGGUCUGUGCUGAGUUAACUGAUGUCAGCUGAAGUACCACUUUGGGGCUCAGUGCCCUUGUACCAUUUUUAAGAAGGAAGCAAACCGAAGUCUCAUGAGUCAGACUGGAAAUCGAUGGUCUGGCUGUCGGUUCAAAGCUGAACUGGUGAUAGUCUUUAGGCAGGAACAGCCUGCUGUCAGUUCCAGAUGAAUUAUGAUCAUAUCGGAGAGAUACCAUGCGUCAGACCUCAGCACUUUGAGAAGAGGUAGAAAAUUGCAGAGGAUGAGAAAGGGGAGGAUUUUAUGGUACCAAAGUAUUGAAAUGAAAAUGGAACUUUACAGAAAAACAUUUUCUUCUGUACUCCAGAACUGACAAUUAUCUAUAAUCCAAUGCAAAGAGAUAUAAUUCAGCAAUUACUUUGUUCUUGUGUCGCUAUAUUUAAUCAACUAUCAGCAGUUUAUGUUCUUUGAACAUACCAACUUGGGACAGCAGGAUUAUCUGUAUCCUAAAAUUGAUUUUCACAGAAAAUACAGUUUUAAAAGAACGAAUCCUCCUGACACCAACUAAAGAUUUGCAUUGAGGUCCAAGUUUUCUUUUGUUAUGUGAUAUCUAUAAUCUCUAAUAUUUGUAC